GUUAAAGUUACUUUUUUACAAAAAGUCAAUUUUAUAUCAGAAAUUGCUAUUCAGUUUAAAUUAAACAAUUAGUAACACGUUAUAGUUAAAAAAUGAGAAGAUAUUUUAUCAAAUUUUCAUAUCUUGGUACACAAUAUAGAGGAAUGCAAAAAAAUGUAAUUCAAGAUGAAAAUAUUAUAAUACGUGAUAUUGAUACUAUUCAAGGAGUUUUGGAAAAUGCUUUUACAACUUUAAUACCAAAAUGUAUAGAAUGGCCAAAGAUAACUUGUUCUAGCAGAACAGAUAUUGGUGUACAUAGUAUGUGUAAUUUAGCUCACAUUGAUAUAAAAAAUAAAUAUGACUCUAUUUAUUAUCCCAAUGAUACACUUAAAUUUGUGAAUCGAUAUCUUCUUAAUUGUGAUCAUAAUAUAAGGUUAUUAGAAUUUAUUCCAGUAAAAAAGACUUUUCAUGUAAGGAAACUUGUAAACUCUAGAACUUAUCUUUAUAGAUUUUUAGUAGCUAAAAAUAAAGAUGAACAUAGAAUUCCCGUUACAGAAUUAAAUCAGUGUUUUCAUGUCAGAUCAAAUACUUUUGAUUCUGAAAGAAUAAAACGUGCAACACAACUUUUUAUGGGAACAAAAGAUUUUAGAACAUUUUGUGCAAAAAGUAUAACUAAUAAAUCAAUUAAUUAUGUACGAAAUUUGAAUAGUUUAACUAUAGAAAAAGGUUAUCCACUUAUGCCAAAUGAUCCUUUAUCUCAAAACUUUGAAUAUUGGAAUAUUAUAUGUUCAGCAAAAGGUUUCUUAUAUAAACAGGUUAGACGAAUUGUCGGUGCUUUAAUUGCUUUAGGUUCAGAUAAAAUAACAGAAAAAGAUAUAAGUGUAAUGUUACAAGUUCCUGGUCAUCAUAAUUAUCUUCCUCAGAUACAGACAGCUCCAGCUUAUGGUUUAUAUCUUAUGAAUGUAGGAUAUUGCCAUGAAAAAUUAAAUGAAUAUAUUGUAAAAUACAAAAUUUCUGAUAAUAAUAUAAUUAUACCAUUAGAUACAGAUGAAAUCUAAUAUAUAUUUUUAGAAAUUUAUGUAAAU